CAAUGUCUUUGUGCUUGCGCAACGACUUGGAACAAUGUCUUAGCACACUUGAUGGUCCUUCUCCCCCCUUUUCUACGUCGAGCGCAGCAUCCCCUAUGCCUCCUUUCAAGUCAUUCUCUCAGACAGUCCAUAGUCCUUCACGAUCCAUACGUUAUUCCAGAAACCCCACCUCCUCCGGUUCCAUUGGUCGUCUUUCAUUUAUACCACUUCCCUCAUCCUCCGCGCAACGAUUCGACCUCCAUUUCCUAGAUUUCACCUUUCAAUCCUUUGCUGUAAACUCUAGGCCGUCCUCGAGAGGUGGUCCACCGUCUCAGUCCCGAUUACCGAGAUUAUCUCAACCUCUUUUUGAGAAGAAGGCAAUGGAAGAUGCACCCAUAUUUCCUCCCUCAUUCAGCCAUCCGAAUAGCCCUUACGUUCCAUUAGCAACGCCUGUACGACGAGAGUACUUUCGGCCCCUGACACCGGAAUCGUAUGUUUCCCACUUCUCAGGUUUCUCCCGCAGCGGUGCUAUUGCCCCAGAACCUUGGGAACACCAGGAGUAUCGUCGAUACAAUGUCACCGUGAUGAAGAUGUCGAACAACAUCCGAAAAAUACGUCGCAUUUUGAGGCGGAAAUUACUACAGGUAGCACGUCAUUUUAGUGCACUCAACCAGCCCUCAAGGCCGGUACAGAAUUAUUCCUCUGAACAAACUGGAUCAUACGCUGUUCACCAUUCGUUACCUGACGCAGUCAUCUCACCGUCUCCUAUUCGCGUCAUGUCAAAUGCAUCGUUUGAUACCUCACACACAAACUCCUUGGCUCAAUGGCUCAAUGCACAACAUCAGGCAUUCUUGAACACCCACGAAGAAUGGGAGAUGAGUUUGGAGGAAUACGAGCGCAUAGGAAGUUGGAUAAACUUUAGCUCGGGACAUGGUGGUUUUAGUUGCGGGAUAGCAGGCUGUCAAUUUCACCCCCAGUUUCCUCCUAACGUCCUGUCUCCUUCCGACCAUGACACAACGAGUGAUGAUCGCUCUAGUACGUCCGACUACAGCGUCCAGUCUCAGGCAGUUUGAAUCGUCAAUCCCAUCCUCCCUACCGAAUCGAAUUCAUGGAGAAGCCCCCACUCGUUCACCAUCGCUCUCAUUUACAUUAGCUCUAAUUAUCAAAGUCUUACAUUACAUAAUCAAUUUAACUGAGUUUCAAUCAAGGUGGGGAAACCGUUGUCAAGUGUAAAGCAUAAAGCGUGACGAGUUACUCUUGUU